AUUUAACCAGGUUCACGGUGUACGCGAUGGUCAAGUUCAAAUCGCGAAAAGCCCACAGUUGACAUCAUUCGAAUUUAACGCUUCAAUACCGCAGCAAGUUCUUAUUACCGUUCGUUAAUUACAAGAAGUUCAUUUGUACAUUAGCUGCGAACGAAAGAGCUUACGCGGCGUCUAAUUCCGCAUAGUAACCGCCAUUGCGCUUUUUUUUGUGAUUGCUGUGUGUUCAGUUGGCAGCAGUAUGACACUUGAUCUACAUAAAUAACAAGGUGUUUAAACCGUGCAUAUAGUUUAACAACAAUUGUUUUAUCAUUGCCCAUUGUUUCAACCGAAAUUCAUUUAGUUGGCGCGUUGGAGUAUCAAAGUGAAGAACUACGUACUUGCAGCAGUAGUCGCGGUUUCGUUUUUUUUUCUUUUUAUUGACUCAACUGUGCAUCCCUGUUCUAAUUAAACAAUGUUAACGAUGAUUGUCGCUAACGAUAAACUAAUAAGCUGAAGAAAGCAAGGUGCAGGGUACUUAUUGGAUUUGACAAAGUUUGGGACUAUUGAAUUCGUAAAAUUUUCGCUAAACAUGGACCAAUCGGUUCAGGUAGAUUUUCCGACGGUUUCCAGAUAUCCCCGGAAAAGAUUGAGGCGAUACAACACAUCCGGCGACCUCAUGAUGGCCAACAGGCACAACUUUCAAACCUGGGGGCCACUAACGAAGCAAUCGAAAUCAUUAAAUUUUUCCACUGAAACAAUUCAGAAAGGCAAGCCGAGUUUCAGAUCCGAUAGCCCACAGGCAAGAAUACCGCAGAAUGGAAGCGAAAUAACCUUGAGUGUUCCCUACCUUGAUAUAAUACCGUCAUCCCCAGUGUCUUCGCAUUCAAGCACAACGAUUCCAAUCCCCACCCCUCAUCAUAAAACAUACACCAACGGAUAUAGAUCGCCUGCAGGGCGUCCAGGCUUUCUCCAGGUCCCCCCACCCUAUCACAGCCAAAGCAGCGACAUAAGCACCGAAGGUAGCGUAAGAAGUUGCAAAUGUUUCAAGGAAGUCGACAGCGAGGGAAAGAUUUCAAUGAGUCCCGCCGUCACCCCUGAAGGUUUAUCCUGGCGGAGGUUGCACAUGUCGAGGGCCAAACUAAAAGCCACAUCUACCACUUCCGAAUUACUUUCAGGAUUCGCAAUGGUGGCAAUGGUGGAACUUCAAAUCGACGAAGACACUCAAGUGCCCGAAUGGUUGUUUGUCAUGUUCUCCGUUUGUACAACAGUAUUAGUAGCUGUCCAUAUUUUUGCUCUUAUGAUUUCGACCUACAUUCUGCCAAACAUCGAUGCUAUAUCAAAACUGGAUAUUUGCGAACUCGUUUCCGAAAGUCCACACGAAAGAAUGAAAGGGUUCAUUGAAUUAGCGUGGGUUUUCUCUACAGUCCUAGGACUUUUCCUAUUUCUGGUAGAAAUAUCUAUUCUGUGUUGGGUUAAAUUUUGGGACCAUUCUAAGGCAGCCAUUGCAGCAACCGUCAUAGUUAUUCCAGUACUUAUCAUGUUCGUCCUCUUUGCCAUUCAUUUCUAUCAUUCCCUGGUUGUUCACAGGUGCGACACCUCUCUCAGUGAUAUGCAGAAAUUGGAAGAUAUGAAGAAGCAACUGGACGCGGUGGCUCCAGUAUGACGAAUGUUAAUAUGCAUAAAUAUGUAUUUAAAAAGAUCGCCUAAGUUAUUUACCGCAACUUGUAAUUAAAUAAAGUACACCCAAAAUCAUUAGCAAUGUUGAAAUUUAGAGGCUAGAGAUUAAAAAAAAAAAAAAGAAGCAAACCGCUAAAUGGCAAUAUAUGCUGUGAUAUUAACCUUUACGUGCAAUUGUAAAUGGUACGCAUGUGUAUGACGCAAACAAAGGUAAAAAAUCAUUGUUUUUAAUUUGCUGUAGCAAAAUCGGUUUUUGAAGCAUAAUAUAUAUAUAACGAUGUUAACGCUUAAAUGUAGUAAAUUUUUAUAUCACCAUAAAAAAAUAAAUUAAUUAUGCCACA